UGCAGCAUUCGCCGACUGCAGCUCCAGCCGCCGCCCGCGCCUCUCCCGCCUCUCGCAACCCCGCCGCCGCCAGCACCAUGGCCAGCACCAUCUCCGCAUACAAGGAGAAGAUGAAGGAGCUGUCAGUGCUGUCGCUCAUCUGCUCCUGCUUCUACUCACAGCCGCACCCCAACACCGUCUACCAGUAUGGGGACAUGGAGGUGAAACAGCUGGACAAGAGGGCCUCCGGCCAGAGCUUUGAGGUCAUCCUCAAGUCCCCUUCUGACCUGUCCCCGGAGAGUCCCGUGCUCUCCUCCCCCCCCAAGAGGAAGGACACCUCCCUGGAAGAGCUGCAGAAGCGGCUGGAGGCAGCUGAGGAGCGGAGGAAGACACAGGAGGCGCAGGUGCUGAAGCAGCUGGCGGAGCGGCGCGAGCACGAACGCGAGGUGCUGCACAAGGCGCUGGAGGAGAACAACAACUUCAGCCGUCUGGCCGAGGAGAAGCUCAACUACAAGAUGGAGCUCAGCAAGGAGAUCCGCGAGGCGCACCUGGCGGCACUGCGUGAACGGCUGCGCGAGAAGGAGCUGCACGCGGCCGAGGUGCGCAGGAACAAGGAGCAACGCGAGGAAAUGUCCGGCUAAGGGGCCUUCUGGACUCCGCGACGCCUGGAUCCCGAGAUGAGACAGGAACACAUCUGGGUUUCGGUUUUGUUUUGUUCGACUUUGUCUAGAUGCAACUUUUGCUCCCGUUUCUCCCUCCCCUCCUGCCCUCCCAGCUUCAGCUUCUCUUUCCGCGCUCUGAGCUGUCUGGUCCUUGUGGCAAGGCUUUGACCACAGGCUCUCUCUGGAGGAGCCCCAGGGCGUGGCACACGGUCCCUCAGUUCAGGCCCAAGCUGGGCGGUGGCUGGGUCCCCUCUUGGUAACCCUCUUAGCAGACGUGGUGGCGACCUCAAUAAAUCCAGCGAUGGUGGCAGGAACACUCGGGUCCUUAUGAGCACCUUGUCACUUAGGGCACGUCCUCUGAGCCAGCUCCGCCCGCAGGCAGAGGCACCAUCACCUGCACGUCCUCCCCUGGAAGAGGGGCUGGGCACGUGGGAGGGGGCAGAGGAAGAAAGACUUGAAUGGAGGAGGACUCUGGGCAGUGGGGACCGGGUAUCCAGUCACAGGCCAGCCUUGGGAGCUGUGUGUGCGGCGGUGCUUUCUGGAACUGGUGGGUAGCAGCUGCAGCGUGCUGUAAUGUGGUGCACAAGGGUCCUCAGAGACACCUUGGCCUGAGGUUGGCACCCUUGGCUGUCCUGGGAACCUUCAUUCAUUGCACUUGGCUGGAGAAGUCACGGGGUGUGGUUUGGCCUGAGUCUUUAGGGGAGUGGGCCGGCUCCACUGGGACCGUGAGCAAACUGCUGUGGUCUAGAGGGCUGUAGGUAGCAUGGCCACCCCUGCCGGCCCCUUCUCCCAGAAGGGCUUUCUUCUCUCUGGCACGGCGCUUCUGUGGGGACAGCCGGCCUCCCACUGUCCCUCCUCUCCUUCUCCAGGCUUUGCACCCUUUGAGGACCUGUCUGUAGAGCCCUUUAGAGUCCUAGCUCCCUCCUGUGUGCCCUCUUCUUUGUUUAAAAGAUGCCCCUAUCUGUUUCCAGCCACAAGGCUUUCAGGUGGCCAGGUGGGGGAGGCUGGCAGCCCCAAGUGCCCCUCUGGGAGCCCUAAGUAGAUAUUAGGGGAUAGAGGACCAGUGUCUGAAGGUUCAGAUGUUGGAGGGCAAGGGUCAGGGUUCCUCAAGCUGCCUCCCCACCUGCCCCAUCCUUCCAUUUCUGGCUGGUGGCCCCCUCUGGCUAGCCUGCAGAUUGGAGGCCUGACUCUAGGCCUCUCCUGCCAAGACCCUCCUUGGCUGGGUUCCUUCCCCUCCCUCAGCCUGGUCCAGACCCGCCGGUGCUGGCCUUUGAGGACAUGGCAGCAGCCUCCCCUUCUCCAUGCAGCCCCAGCCCCACGGUUGGAUGCUUGAGGGCCAAGUCCCUGCUGGCCAACCACUUGGUGGAAAGUGUGAGGAGUUUCUUGCAGGAAGGACCCAGAGCCAGUGCCACAGAGGCCAGAUGGCAGCCCUCGGUGCCCCUGGCUUUCAUUCCACAGAAACCUACAGUGUCACUGCUGGUGGCCUCCCAGAGCCAAGCCAGAGAGCACAGGCAGGUAGUGACCCCUGCAGUGGGCUUGGGGAAAGUUGGGACCUGUGCUCACCCCUCUGUUCCCACCAAGACAGCCGUGGAGGGAGUGACAAGCAGGAUCGGAACCUGUCAGGUUGGGACCCAUCGGUGCCCACAGGCAGCUUCUGUGGACUCAGAAAGGGGAGCGGAAAGAGGACUAAGGGUGGGAUUUCUGAGCCACAG